CUUGCAUAAACAGUAGCACAAUAUAGAUGAGAAGCUAAGAUAUUUUUGCACAAAGCAUUACUAGGGAUAAGGUUCAGCCACAAGAAUAGUUUUUUUCUCCCACACCAAUUUUCUCUCUUUUGUGCAUCUGCAAAUCAAUGCAAUGAGUUGGUGGUGGGCAAGAGCGAUUGGAACAGCAAGCAAAAAAAUUGAAGAAGAUGAUCGGCCACCAAAAUUCAAGAGUGUGGCCCUCAUUAUAGGAGUCACUGGCAUUGUAGGCAACAGUCUAGCGGAGAUCUUGCCACUUGCAGACACGCCAGGCGGCCCUUGGAAGGUAUAUGGUGUGGCGCGCCGCCCGCAGCCAAUUUGGCAAGCUGGUCAUCUCACCGAACACAUACAAUGCGACAUCUCAAAUGAAGAAGAAACGUUUGAAAAGCUUUCCCAUCUUAAAGAUGUAACACACAUCUUUUACGUUACAUGGGCAAGCAAACCUACAGAAGCAGAAAACUGUAAAAUAAAUGGCUCUAUGCUACAAAAUGUUCUUAAAACAGUAAUCCCAAAUGCAAAAAACCUGCAACAUAUCUGCUUACAAACAGGACAGAAGCAUUACCUAGGUUCUUUCGAGUCUAUUGGCAAGAUUGUGCCUCACGAAUCUCCAUUCCAUGAAGAUCUUCCGAGGCUUAAAGCAAUAAAUUUCUAUUACACACUUGAAGAUGUGUUGUUUGAUGAAGUGUCUAAGAGAGAAGGCUUAACAUGGUCAAUUCAUAGACCGGCAGCGAUAUUCGGGGUCUCGCCUUGUAGCUUGAUGAAUGUAGUAGGGACUUUCUGUGUUUAUGCAACAAUUUGUAAGCAUAAAGGGCUUCCAUUAACCUUCCCAGGAAAUCAAUUAGCAUGGGAUGGGUAUUGGUAUGCAUCUGAUGCAGAUUUGAUCGCAGAGCAUCAAAUAUGGGCAGCAGUAGAUCCAAAUGCAAAGAAUGAGGCAUUUAAUUGCAGUAAUGGGGAUGUUUUCAAGUGGAAGCAUUUGUGGAAGGUUUUGGCAGAGAAAUUUGAGAUUGAUAAUUAUGGGUUUGAAGCUGGAGAUAAAAAACUGAGCUUAGUCGAGAGGAUGAAAGAUAUGGGGCCAGUGUGGGAUGAAAUUGUGAGAGAGAAGGAAUUGGUGCCUACAAGAUUGGAGGAAGUUGGAGCUUGGUGGCUUAUUGAUUUGUUUUUUCAAGGGGCUGCAUAUUUGGAUACUAUGAACAAGAGUAAAGAACAUGGAUUUGUAGGGUUUAGAAAUUCCAAAACAUGUUUUGCUUCUUGGAUUGAUAAAAUGAAAUCUCACAGAAUUGUUCCUUGAUUUGCUUAUUUGUAUUUUUCUUUCUUAGCUAAUGUAAUAAAAGGCAGUAUUAUGGAUUCUUGAGUUGAAGAGAUAUUAAUGAAAUUUUAAUUAUGUGGGAUUGAAUGAUAA